AUGGAAACCAGAAAACAAAUAAAAUUCUUAAAACCUUUUCGCUUCUUUCCCUCUUCCUUCUCCUCGUUUUGUGCAUCUUACCCUUUUUUUUCUUCUUCUUCUUCUUCUUUUCUUCUUCUUCUUCUUCUUCUUCUUCUUCACUUUCACCUAUUUAUCGGUCUUUUUAUUUUUUCCUCCUUCUCAUCUACUUUUUCAACUCCUCCUCCUCCUCCUCCUCCUCCUCCUCCUCCUUCUAUACGCUUUCUCCUCGUUAUUACCCUUUUCUUUUUCACUUUUUUCUCGUUCACUAAAUUCUUUUCCUUUCGUCCAUCUUUCUAUUUUUUUCUUUUUGUCCUCCUUUUCCAUUUUUCUUUCUUCCUCAUUUUUUAUCUCCUCCUUCACCCUUCAUUUUUGCCUGCGUCACUUUCUUCUUCUUCUUCUUCUUCUUCUUCGUACUCUUUCCGUCUUAUUUCCUUCUCUUUUCAAUAUUUUAUCCUUCAUGCUUCUCUUUCAUUAAUAAUAAUUUCUUAUUCAUAUUUUUCCUUUUUUCGUACGUUAUUCUUCGCCGUGACGUCGUUUCUUUUUCUAAUUCUUCUUUUCAAUCCUUCAGACUGA